ACGCACUUGGGCUUGUGGACACCUCCGUUGAUGGAUGGUCUCUUCCUUCUUCUCCAUCCCUCUCUUCCUAUAACAUUUAAAAUACCUAUAUAGCUCUUCCAGGCUCUUUGGCCUCUGUGGCAGAAGCAAGAUGACAAAAGGAACGGCCUCCUUUGGAAAGUGUCGCAGUAAGACGCACACGCUGUACCAUCGCUGUGGCUCUAAGGCCCACCACCUUCAGAAGUCCACCUGUGGCAAAUGGGGCUGCCCUGCCAAGUGCAAGAGAAAGUAUAACUGGAAUGCCAAGGCUAAGAGACUAAACACAUCCGGGACUGGGAGGAUGAGACACCUAAAAAUUGUCUACUGCAGAUUCAGCCAUGAAUUUCGUGAAGGAACAACACCUAAACCCAAGAGGGCAGCUGUUGUAGCAUCCAGUUUAUCUUGA